UGACAUAGAAGGAAGUGUGCAUGACGCAGACAAGUCAGUGUUAUCAUUUUUUUCUCCAAUUUUUAGAUAUGUAUGUCGUAUAAAAUUCAUAUUGGAUUCUUCACUUAAGGAUAACAUCGUCUCGGUGCACGAGAAGCACUUUGCAGUUUCUCGUGCGAGCUUAGCUUGUUAGUUAGCAUAGCUUGCUAGUUAGCUUAGCUUGUUAGCUGCUAACAGAAGUUAUCAACACAUCGCUAAGUAGAGAUCAAGUGUGAGAGUAAAGUGUUGGGAUUGUGUGAAAAUGUCUACAUUACACAUGUUGAGAGCGUUGGUGGAUCAGCGACUAACUGCUGCCGUUGAAGAAAUAUUUGUAGUGUUCGAAAGAACGAUAGCGGAAUACGAGGCGGAACUUUCUAGAACAAAAGAGGCGCACAAUCGACUACUGGACGCUGUUUUCAAGAAACAUCAAGUUGUGUUACACGGAACAGACCUUGAUGAAGAACAUAAUCUACGUGAGCAGGAGGAAGAACCACAGCCCCUCCACAUUAAAAAGGAAGAAGAGGUAGCACAGCUCCAUCACAUUAAAGAAGAAGCAGCGGAACACAGCAUCAGUCAGGAGGGAGAUCAUAUUGAAGGACUGGUGGAGUUCCCAGUGACUGGUGUCCCUGUGAAGAGUGAAGAUGAUGAGGUCAAAGGUGAAAGUGAGGAGAAGAGCAGCAGCUCAACACAACACAUGACAACAGAAGCUGAUGGAGACCACUGUGGAGGAUCACAAGCAGACAAGCUCUUAGCUCCACUAUCAGAUAGUGAGGACACAACGUCACACUCUCUUGAAGACUCUAAAGAUGAUGCAACAUGUCACACUGACAACGCUCGCUUCAAAUGUUCUCACUGCAACAAAGAUUUUGGCCUCAAAAAGACUCUUAAUAGACACAUGAAAAAUCGCACUGGAGAGAGACCAUGUAUGUGCUCAGUGUGUAACAAAAUAUUCUGUAGGAAAGCAGACCUGGUAACACACACUAAAAUACACACUCGAGAGAAACUUUUUUCUUGUUCAGUGUGUGGUGUAUUUUUCACACAGAGUGAAAGUUUGAAAAAACACAUGAGAAGACACACUGGAGUUAAACCUUUUUCCUGUUCAGUGUGUGGAACAGGUUUUGUACACAAGGACAACUUGAAAAGACACAUGAGAACACACACCGGAGAGAAACCUUUUUGUUGUUCAAUCUGUGGCUUAUCUUUCACAAGGAAGCAAAGUAUGAUUGAGCACACAAGAACACACACUGGAGAAAAACCUUUUUCUUGUUCUAUCUGUGGCUUAUCUUUCACAAGGAAGGUCAGUUUGAAAGAUCACAGAAGAACACACGACGGAGAAAAACCUUUUUCGUGUUCUGCCUGUGAUGCAAGGUAUGCACGAAGUCAAGACUUGAAAAAACACCUGAAAAGACACACUGGGGAAAACCUUUUCAAGUGUUCCGUGUGUAAUUCAACUUUUGUCCGAAGUGAACAUUUGAAAACCCACAUGAGAACACACACUGGAGAAAAACCCUUUUCUUGUUCAAUCUGUGGCUUAUCUUUUACAAGGAAGGUCAGUUUGAAAGAUCACACCAGAAAACACACUGGAGAAAAACCUUUUUCCUGUUCUGUGUGUACUUCAAGUUUUGCACAAAGUCGAGAUUUGAAAAGACACAUGAGAAUACACGCUGGCGGGGAAAAGUGUUGAGUUGCAGUGUGUGUGAAGAAAGAUUCUCUCAUGAGUACUGUUGCGUUUUGGACCAGUUGUUCCUCCCAGGGAAUUCAAGUCACAAGUCCCUCCCAAGCUCUUUACGACAAACCACCAGAGACAGAAUAGGUAUUUUGUUAUAUAUUUGCAAAGCUUUGCAGAUAUACAUUCACAGAGACAGCAUAGAACAUUCGGCUCGCCCCGCUAAGAUGGUCUCCCCCCCCCCCCGCUACACCCUCUCCCCUCUUAAGUCCCUGGCAGUCCUGUGUCUCUAGCCAAAACAAAUGUCCAUUAUCUCUCUCUAACAUUCCUCAUUCAAGGUUAAGCACACAGUUUUGCAGACAACCAAAAGACCACAUUUGGAAGAAAAACAAAAGCUGUUUUGUAAUAUGAUUAUGAAAUAAAAAGAAGUAACACUUAAAUUCAGAUAUAUGGAAAUAUCUGCCUCCGACAGUACCAACUUAACAAACACAAGUGUGCUGGUGAGAGCAGCAGCAGUAAAGUAGAAAAGUGCUCCGCAGACCUCCACCAGGCCAAAUCUCCCAGUAGUUAAAGGGAAACAUUAUCACAAUUUCAGAAGGGUUAAAACCAUUAAAAAUCAGUUCCCAGUGGCUUAUUUUAUUUUUCAAAGAUUUUUUCAAAAUUUUACCCAUCACGCAAUAUCCCUAAAAAAAAGCUUCAAAGUACCUGAUUUUA